AUGUCCUCCGCCACAAAUCUCGAUUUUUACUCCUACAAACCCCUCGAUAAAAAGGGCGAGGAAUAUGAUUUAUCCCAAUUGCAAGGGAAGGUCGUUCUUAUCGUCAACGUCGCUUCCAAAUGCGGUUUCACCCCUCAAUACGAAGGUCUCGAAAAACUCUACGCAAAAUACCAAGAUCGCGGUUUGGUCGUCCUCGGCUUUCCCUGCAAUCAAUUCGGCAGUCAAGCUCCCGGCACUAGCGAAGAACAAGUUUCCUUCUGCACUUUGACUUAUGGUGUGAAAUUCCCCGUAUUGGGAAAGAUUGAGGUCAAUGGGGAUAAAGCUCAUCCUUUAUACGAAUGGCUUAAGAAGGAGAAACCGGGUUUGUUGGGUAUGAAGCGCAUUAAAUGGAACUUUGAGAAAUUCCUUAUUUCCCGCGACGGGAAAGUCGUCGAUAGAUGGGCUUCCACCACUACCCCGGCCUCUCUGACUUCCAGGAUCGAAGAAGAACUUAACAAACCAUCAUCAUCCUCGUCCGAAACACCAGCAGGUCCUUCCAAUACAGCGUAA